AUGAAUAAAGAUCAUGACGAAUCUCGCCGACCGCCUCCGCAUCAUGAGAUCCUCUGUGGCUCUGCGAAGGACAGCCCGCCCCUCUAUCAGGAUUUGCCUUCAGCGCCAAUAAACGCUGAAGCAGCGUUAAAUAUUCGAAGCUGGAGCUUGCCUCCAAAACUUGCAUGGUCCUCUCACAAUCUCUCACAUUCUGAGAUUCGCACACUUGCUCCACAUUAUUCAAACAAUGCCGAUGCUCUCUAUGGUAUGAUCAUCGAACAAGCAUCGUACCCUCCCUCCUACUAUGUUCAAAUACAUGGCAAGCACAAUGAAACUCAACAAUCUGGGGCUAAGCAAACCAAGGAAGAGAUAACAGACUUCUUCUUUCGCAUCAAUAUUUCACACCUCCUGGGCCCACUCGGUAGUGGUGAGCUUAUUAGUCUCCCUAACAAUAAACGUGGCUACAGAGGGACUCGUAUUCCAAGAUUGGUGCCUGGACUAGACGAUCUAGAGAGUAGAGAUGCUGUAUUUGAGUGGUGCCAAAGAUAUGUCGAUGAUGCAGCCAAAGUCAAAUCUUUCACCCUAUCCCGCGAGGUCCUAAAUUUUGACACUAAUAAGCUAUACCAACUAAUACGCUCAGCUAUUACAGAUACUAAUUAUUGCGGCCAAGUCUACAUUACAUUCCCUUCUACGCAUUGCAAACUAAUCGUCUACUCUCCUUGUAGAGUAAAUGCAUGGCGAGUUAACGCUUGGGUUCGCUGGUUUUGCUACUUAUCAUUUCUCUGGGUUUUUAUCUGGCCAAUCCUGAUAUUUCUUACUUCACGAUAUGAGAUUGUUAAAUCAGUGUUCUAUUACGCAGAUUCACCUUACAGCGAUGAUCCAAAUAGGGCGUGCCAGGUGAUGAGCGAACAUGAAUGGUUCCGGAUGUGGCAAAGCUCUAUCAAGAGAGCUGUAUCGACCAAGGUAAAUACAGGUGAUGACGGCGUGCUACCUGAGGAAUAUAGGACCACAACCGAAAGAUUAUUGACACACAGUCUUGAAACAAAUAAUCCAUCUGAAAAUAUAAUUGGCAACAGGCCUGACACGAGACCAUUCAAUUCGCGAUUUGUUAGCAAUAAUGAGAGAUGGGGAAAUGACUCCUGA